AUGGCCGUCGAGCAGAUCGUCACGGACCCUGCGCUCAUCCCCGCACUGGAAACUUGCUCCAACACCCUUGGCCAAGCGCAUCAGCUCAUCGAUCUGCUGGAGAAGAGCAUCCAGAGCCCCCCGUCGAACCCCCAGGACGCACUGCAGGACGCAUACAGACAGCAGAGACACGUCUAUUCGCUGCUCGCCCAGCUGCGGGGACUCAAUCGCGAGGCCAUUCUUAAUGUCAGGUCUACCAAGCAGUCGACCGCGGAGGCACGCCAGGAGAUAGACCGGCUUCACCUGCAGCUUCAGAAUCUAUACUACGAGCAGAGACAUCUCAGCGGCGAGAUCGCUGCGUGUGAAUCAUACGAUCAUAGUCACUUGUCGCUGCCGUUGAUCCCCGUUGAAGAAUUUAUUGCCUUGCAUCCUGAGCACGCCGAUUCGGAUGAACACGAACUCACAGUCGCCCGGAUAAAUCACGAACAUGCGGAGAGGGAGAAGCUGGAACAGGCCCGCCAGGAACUGUUGAAGAAGAAACAGGCGUUGAUAGCGGAGAAUAAAAAGAGAAAGGAAGAUUUGGCCAGUUUAGAUCAGGACCUCGAACGGUUUAUUGACGCUGCCAAACCGAUCCAGAAGAUAUUUGAGAAGGUUUACGUACCCGUGACCCGAAAGGUAAACGGUGAGGAAAAAUAA